AUGCUCGACAUACGAAAUCUCGUCACCUCAGACUACUUGCUUGCCUGCCUCAUCCCCCUGCUCCUUCUGGUGUUGAGCCUGCAAAUCCUGGGCAAUCCUCGAGACCUGCUGGACGUCAUCUUUGGGAAGACUAGCAAGAGAGUUGUGGGGUACUUCUCCGUACGGCGGGCCGCAGCAUCCUAUGCACAGUAUGCGAAGCUCUCGCGGAGGGAGCUCGCUGCUAUGCGCGCGUCAUACAAGCGAAUGUCUUGGGCGCACCGACGCAUAGGCUACGACCUCGGGUACACGAAGAAACUCGCGCGACUGGAGGAGUCCAUCCAGACCAACGCACGCGUAGCAGAGGCUAUCGCGUCCCUUGCGCGCGAGGAGUUCCCGGAAGAGUUCGAGCCUUCGAGCCUGCUUCAGCCUGAGGUUGUUGGGGACGUCAGUCGCGUACGUGAAUCGAUCAAGCACUUCGUGCGCGACUGGAGCGAAGAGGGCCGCGCGGAACGAGAGACAAUAUUCGGGCCCAUCCUCGAGGUGCUGAAGUCUGUCCCGACCCAGGAACGUGCAUAUAUGCGCGUUCUUGUUCCAGGCUGUGGACUGGGAAGACUCGCUUGGGAAGCCUCGCAACUAGGUUUCCAGACUACUGCCAAUGAGCUGUCAUAUUUCAUGAACCUCGCCUUCCGCUUCCUCCUAUCUGAGAAACAUACCGAGCGGCCGCAGCAGCACAUCCUCCAGCCUUAUGCGUCCUGGUUCUCCCACCAGCGCAGUGCGGACGCACUAUUCCGCAGCGUCGCGUUCCCAGAUGUCGUUCCGCGAUUAGGGGACAAGCUCGCCCUCGCGGAGCAGGAUUUUCUGUCCCUACGAUCGCCAGAAGCUAGUAAAGGUGGCGGUUACGACUUCGUCGUGACGCUUUUCUUCAUCGACACCUCGCUUAACGCAAUCGAGACGGUCGAACACAUCCACAGUUUGCUGCGUCCCGGGGGCAAGUGGGUCAACCUAGGUCCCCUGCUGUGGACAGGCGGGGGCCAGGCUGCGGUAGAGCUCAGCCUCGAAGAGGUACUGCGGCUGGCGGAGAUGGUUGGAUUCAGCGUAAGCGGACAAGACGAAGAGGGCGCGGAGAGGAGACGCACGGUCGAGUGCGAAUAUACAGCCGACAAGACAGCGAUGAUGCGAUGGUUAUACCAGGGGGCGUUCUGGGUCGCGACAAAGGCGCGGUAG